ACCCAGCAUGCACAGGACAUUACAGGCCGCUGCAACUUGGCAAUGAGCUCGGGCAAAUACUUCCGUCUCUCGCGGGCUCAGUUGCGAUCAGUUAAUUUAAGCUCUGAUUCAGACGGUGGUGGUGCCGAUGGGAGCGAGGCAGCUGCGCAGGUGGGACUUCUGAAGAACUUCUGAAGAGCAAAUUCAGCGACAGCAGAGCAAAAUGGCUGGCCGAGGGUGGAGACAGUCCGAUGUUGAAUCUCUCGGCGGCAUCAGUGUAUCCAGCUCACUUGAGCGUCAGGCUAUGCGAGAGCAGCUGGACGCAGUGCGGAGCACCUUAAACACGCUUGCCGGGCCGGGUGCGGGAAUCGCAGGCCCAGCGUCAGGCGUCACUGCUGCGCCCGGCACCAGCCACCCGCCCCUCGAGGUGGUCCUGACAGAUAUUGCGUCAAAGCUUGGAACUAUUGAGGGCCUUUACGGCUCGCUGACUGAACGACUUGACAGCAGCGAGCGCCACAUCAAGAAUUUGCAGCACUUUUCCGCGAGCACCAUUCAUGAGACCGCGCGCCUGGUCGACUACGUUGGUGGGCGCGCGACGACCCCGUCCCGUGCUACCAGCAUGGCGGGCGGCGCGGGGAGCAUGGGCUUGGGGCCGUCGGUCAACCUGCGCGGCCGCCACAUGGCCGGAGGCGUGCCCACGACGCCGACCCCCGUCACUGGCGGCGCAGCAGGGGCACGCUCCGCUUUGCAUAUCCUGGAGCAGGGCCCCAACCACAUGGGUGCCACGCUGCAGCAGCACGCGGCGCAGAUACACAAGCUGAUUGCGGGGCUGGACUUUCUGGAGGCUCACAUCAUCCGACAGGACCAGAUGGUGGAGUCCCUGCAGAAGCAGGUCACCACCGGCUCGCCCGCCGGCGUGGCGGCAGACGGCGGCCGCAUCCCCAGCGAGCUCUCGGUGCGCAUGCACGACAUGUCGGAGCUGCUCAACAAGCUGCGCUCGCACAUGUACAAGGUGGAGAAGAAGUCGGCGGGCGGCGAGCAGGCGCUGGCGGCGCUCACGGCGCGGCUGGAGGCGCUGGCGGAGCGGCUGCGCGCGGUGGAGGACCGCGGCGGCGGCGAGGGCGGCGCUGGCAGCGGCUCGGCGCAUCGAUCCUCGCACGAGGGCGACCUGUCUUCCACGCAGCAGACCCUCCACGAGCUGGCGUCGGCCCAGGCGGAGCUGCGCGGCAUGGUGCUCGACGUUGGCCGUGAUGUGGCGCAGCUGCGUGACCAGGUCGAGGCGCAGCUGCAGCAGGCCGACUCGCAGCCGCAGGCCGCUGGCGUCUCUGCUGCGGAGGGCGCUGAGAUGCGCCGGCAGCUGGCCUUCUUGAUGGCCCAGGUGCCCGUGCUGGUGGCGGAGAACGGCGAGCUCAAGACGGCUGUGGCCUCGUUGCGGCGGCGCCUGCCCGACCUGGACGCCACCCGCGACCAGGUCGACAGCAUGGAGCGGGAGCUGGCGGCACUGCAAAGUGCCGCCGGCGCCAGCGGGCUGCGCGGCCCCGCGGCCGACGUGGUGGCGGACGCCGCGGAGGAGGGCCUGCGCCGCGUUGCGGCGGUUGAGGAGCAGCUGGCGGGCCUGACCGGCCGCGUCGAGGGGCUGGUCAGCCGGGAGGAGCUGCAGUCGGUGGCGACGGCGGCCGCGGCGGCGGAGCAGGAGCUGGCGGCGCUGCGGGAGCGGCGUGAGACGGCGGCCGAACGCCGCGCGUCCAUGCCCGGUGCCGAUGCGGCGGCGCUGUCGGCGGAGGUGGCGGCGGCCGCCAAGGCGGACCUGAUGGAGCACGUGGGCCGCAUGCGGGAGCGCCUGGAGGUGUCGGCGGCGGCGGCUGAGGCGGCGGCGCUGCGUAGCAAGGAGAUGGCGGAGGAGGCCGCGGCCCAGUGCACCGAGGCGGUGGAGGCGGCGGCGGCGCGCCUGGCGGAGGUGGAGGCGUCCGCGGCCGACAUGGCUGCCAACGCGGAGGAGGCUGUGCGGAAGGCUGGCACCGCCGCGGCGGCCAGCGCAGCUGCGGCGCUUCAGGAGAGCGUGCUUGCCAUGGUUGCCGGCGUGGAGCAGGAGCAGGGCGCGCUCAAGCAGCAGCUCGCCAACCUUGCGGCUCAGGUGUCUGAGGAGCAGGCUGCCAUCUCGGCUGGGCUGAGUCAGGUGCAGGAGCAGGUGGCGGCGGCGACCUCGGCCGCCAUGGACGCCGCCACGUGCGCGCAGCUGGUGCAGCAGGCCCAGGCGGAGCAGGGCUCGCGGGCCGACCCGACUGAGGCGCUGCAGGAGGUGCAGGACCAGCUGCGUGAGCAGGUCGGCGCGGUGAUGGAGGGCCUGAAGGGCCGCGUGGAGGCGGCGCUGCAGCAGGUGGACGAGCAGCUGGCGGCCGCCGCCGCCGCCAGCGAGGCGGCGCUGCAGGAGCUGCGCGGCGCGGCGGCGGACGCGGCGGAGCGCGGCGACCUGGCGCUGGCCUCGGUGGAGGGGCUGCGCGCGGAGCUGAUCCUGCUGACGGGGCAGGCGGACGUGACGUCCACGCGGCUGGAGGCGCUGGAGGCGGCGGUGGGCGUGGACCCGCGCUCCAGCGUGGCGGCCAGCCCGCUGGGCGGCGAGCAGGCGGCAGGCAGGCGGGUGUCCGCCAGCGACCUGGAGGAGGCGGCGGCGGCGGAGGUGGAGGCGGAGGCGCUGGCCGCGGCCGAGGAGGCGGCCGAUGCCGGAGGGGAGGAGGAGGAGGCGGAGGAGGAUGGCGCCGAGGGCGAGGAUGGCGCUGCGGCGGGCGGCCGGUCUGCGGCCCGGGCUGCGCCGCGUGUGGCGGCACAGGGCGGCGGUGGCGGCGGCGGUGGCGGCGGGCUGUUGGACCUGGUGGCGCAGCUGCGCGCCCGUGUGGGCGGCCUGGAGGGCGCGGUGGAGGCGGCGGCAGCGGACAUGGACGGUGUCCGCGGCCAGCUGGUGGCGUCCAAGCAGGACGCGGAGGACGCCAUCCAGCAGGCCACGUCGCGGCUGGCGUCGGAGGUGGCGGGGCUGACGCAGGCGGUGGGCGCCAUGGACGAGCGGGUGGCCAGCGCCGCCAGCACCUUUGACUCCAUGGCCGCCGCCUCGGGUGUGCUGCAGCGCCGCGCGGAGCAGCAGGCCGCCAGCACCGCCGCGCUGGAGGCGCAGCUGCAGCAGCUCAAGGUCAAGCUGGAGGAGGAGGUGGUGGACCGGGUGCAGGAGACCUCGCAGGCGCUGGCCUCGCUCACGUCCCGCAUCUCGCGCGACUACGUGAACCGCGAGCAGCUGGGCGCAAUCUUCCAGGCGCGCGCCGACAUGAAGCGCGCCGUGGACGAGCUGGCGUCGGUGUUCGACACCGGCCGCCUCGUGCGCGAGGCCUCCUCGGACGACGUGGCGGUGCAGGCGCCGUCCCGCAGCGGCUCCGUGGCGGCGCGCAACGGCAACGGCGAGGAGGGCGCGGUGCUGUCGCCGCGGCUGGUGCAGGCGCUGGAGGACCUGGCGGGCAAGCAGGCCGAGCUGGAGCAGCAGGUCAAGCUGGCCCUGUAUCGAUCCGAGAGCAUGGUGCGUCACGAGCAGCUCAACUCCAUCCAGCAGGCCAUGGUGACGCUGGAGAUGCAGUUCCGCCGCAUGGGCGCCGCGCCGCCCGCCUCGCCGCAGCACCCCGCCGCCCUGCCGCCGCUGCCGCCCGCCAGCACCGCAGCCGUCGCGGCCGCCGCCGCCGCUGCGGAGGCGGCGCAGCAGGAGCUGGCGGAGCUGCGCGCUCGCGUCGCGGCGCUGGAGGCCGCCGUGCCCUCAGCCGCCACCAGCGGCGCCGCGGCCUCGCCCGCGACCGCGGCCUCGCACGGACUGGGCCAGGGCCACGGCGCCGCGGGCCACCAUCGCCGCACCGCGUCGCGCGACAGCGCCUUCGUGCACCUGUGCCUCUCGCCGGCAGACCCCGCUGCGGUGGCGGCCGGCGGCGAGAGCCCGCUGCGCGUGCGGCUGCUGGUGGAGGCUGUGUCCACGCAGGACGGCGCCGGCACCGACGCGGACAUGAGCGUGGCGGAGCCGUCGCUGUCUCAGCUGCUGGUGGCGGAGGAGGCCGAGGAGGCGGAGGCGGGCGCGGGCGGCGAGGCGGAGGGCACCAGCCUGCAGGCGGCGCUGGCGGUGGCGGAGGAGGUGCGGCAGCUGCGUGGCGUGCUGGGCGACCUGACGGAGCUGUGUGCGGGGCUGCAGGACCAGGUCACGCAUGCCGCCGAGUCACGCAAGGUGCUGGAGGAGACCGUGUCGGAGCUGCAGGAGCGGCUGGACUCGCAGGUGGCCGCCACCGCCUCCAGCCUGGCGCUGAUGGCCACCAUGGCCACCGACCAGCACGACCAGCACAAGCAGCGCAGCGCGGCACGCCUGGAGACGGCGGCGCGCCUGGAGGCGGCGGCGGCGGCGGGCCGCAGCAGCCGCAGCCUAGGCCUGGGGCUGGCCGUGGGCGGCUCGGAGGAGGGUGACGAUGACGGCGGCGAGGGGCUGGACACGCUGUCCACGUUGGCCCGGACCGUCAACAUGCUGGCGGCGCGGCUGCAGGCGGCGGAGGACCAGCUGGAGGCGGCCUUCGUGGUGCGCACGCCGCGCAGCCCCACCUCCCGCGCCGCCGUGGCGGCCGCCGCCGCUGCAGCCGCCGCGUCAGCUGCUGCUGCUGCUGCGGCGGCGGCGGAGGUGUCGGGUGAGGAGGCUGACGUGGAGGCUGACGUGGAGGCUGCCGGUGCUGCGGAGGCCGGCGCUGAGGCAGCGGCAGGCUCGGGCUCCGGCGCGGCUGGGGCCGCCACGUCUGCUGAGGACGACGGCGAGGAGGAGGACGAGGAGGGCCGCGUGCUGGGCCUGGGCUUGAUGGUGCCGGUGGUGCCGCGCGAGAUGGAGCGGCAGCUGGGGGCGCUGCAGGGCGCGGUGCAGGAGCUGGCCGCGGUGGUGGGCCGCCUGGGCGGGCGCGUGGAGUCGCUGGAGGAGGCGGGCGCGCUGGAGGACGUGCGGGCGGCGGCGGCGGAGGUGGUGCUGGAGGCCAUUCCGGGCGCCAUCGCGCAGCAGCUGGAGUCAGUGCUGGGUCGGCAGGCGGAGCAGGCAGCGGACGCCGCGCGGCGGGCGGAGGCGGAGGCGGAUGCCGCGCGGGCCGCGGCCGCGGAGGCGGCGGCGGCGCGAGAGACGGUGGAGGAGGUGGCGGUGGUGGUGCGCGGCGCGGUGGCGGUGGCCGAGGCUGCGCGCGAGGCGGCGGCGGCGCGCGAGGAGGCGGCGGCUGUUGCCCUUGACGCGGUGGAGUCUGCUGUGCGUGAGGCGGCUGUGGAGGCGGAGGCGGCACGCAACUCCGUGGUUGACGCCGAGGCCGCGCGCCAGGCUGCGCAGGAGGCGCAGGCCGCGGCGGAGGCGGCGGCAGCAGUCGUUGCCGCCGCACAGCCUGCCGCGCCUGCCAGCGCCGGCGCGGACCCCGCCCUGGCGGAGUCACUCCAGGCCGCGUGCGUGGCGGCGGCUGUGUCUGCUGCCCGCGAGGCGGCGGUGGAGGCGGCGGUGCUGGCGGCGCGUGACGCGGCCGCAGUGGCGACGCAACGGGCGGUGGGCGCGGCUCAGGAGGCCGCGACAGAGGCGAUUGCGGCGGCGGCGGUGCGCGCCUCGUCGCCGCGCGGGCGCCCCGACGACGCGGGCGUGGCCGCCGGCCUGGCGGCUGUGACGGCUGAGGUGAAGGAGGUGCAGUCGGGCUUGAGCUCGGUCACUGCCCGCCUCAAUGAUGUGGACUCGCUGCGAGACCAGCUGGAGGCCCUGGCGGAGCAGGUGCGCUAUGCCGCCGCCGUCGCCUCGGCCGCCGACGCCAACGCAGCGGCAGCAGCGGCCGACCCCUCGCAGCCCGCCCCGCAGUCCCAAGCGCCCGACACACCACCCUUCAACUCGGACGGCGGCAGCGCCGCCGCCGCCACCGUGGCCGGCAUGUUCUCGCCCUCCGCCACCGCCGUCAUCAUCCCGCCCUCCCGCACCCCGCGCAUGUCGGGCGCCGGCGCCUCGCCGAUGGGCGGCCGCGCCGCCGGCACCGCCGCCGCCACUGCCAGCCAGCAGGCGGCCUUCCUGGCGCGGCUAGUGGAGGUGGUGAAGCGGCAGAGCGGACGGCUGCACGCGCAGUACAGCGACGCCGAGGAGACGGGCACGGCGCUGGCGGCGGUGGACAGCCGGCUGGACGAGGCGCAGGCGGCGCUGGCGGCGGCGGACGUGCGCGACGUCAACUCGCCCGCCUUUGCGGAGACGCUGGUCACCGUGCUGGAGCAGGUGGCGGCGCUGCGCUUCAUCGGCAGCCAGACGCACCCGGCUGUGCAGCAGAUGGUGCUGCACCAUGAGAACCGCCUGGAUGAGAUCGCGGAGCAGCUCAAGGCCCUGGCGACCGGCCUGCCUGCGUCCAACGGGGCCGGCGCCGCCGCGGCGGACGGCGGCGCCCGGCCGGCAGCCGACACGGGCGCCGCCACCGCCGCGCUGGCGGAGGAGGUGGUGGGCGUGGUGCGGCGGCUGGGCCGGCUGGAGUCGGAGCUGGGCACGGUGGCGGGCCACACCGCCGCGCUGGACAAGGCGCUGGGCUCCGUCCUGGAGGCGGUGCGCGGCCUGGGCGCGGCGCCCGCCCCCGCCCCUGCCGGCGAGGAGGCGCAGGCGGAGGCAGACCAGGCCGCCGGCAACGCCAACGCCAACGUUGCUGUUGCUGGUUUCUCCUCCUCCGCCUCGUCUGUGGAGGUGGCGGCCCUGGGCGCCAAGGUGCAGCUGCUGGAGGAGGUGCUGGAGAGCCGGCUGGGCGGGCUGCGGGAGGAGGUGCGCGCCGCCAUUGACACCGCCACCGGCGUGGCGGCGGGUGGCGGCGGCGGCGGCGGCGGCGGUGGUCUGGGCAUGAGCCUGGCCUCCGCGUCCGACCUGGCGGCGCUGGACGGGCGCGUGGCGGCACUGCACACCGCCGCCAGCAACAUGCGCAACCGGCUGCUGGCGGUGCAGGAGUACGUGGACAGCACGCAGGGCAUGAUCAAGGACAUGCACGUGGCGGUGGGCUCGCUGCACCGGCGCAUCGACGGCCUGGAGGCGGCGGCGGCGGAGCAGGUCGGCGGCGGCUGGGGCGGCGGCGGCGCGGCGGACGGCUCGGGCCCCGCCAGCGGCCGCGCGAGUGUGUCGGGCGAGCCGUCCAGCCUCAAGGAGGUCCAGUCGGAGCUGCUGCGGCUGGAGCACCGGCUGCUGGCGGCGGAGGGCAGUGCGCUGGAGAGCGCCCACGGCCUGGCGUCGCUCAAGGCCCUGGCGCCGCGCCUGGCGGAGGCGGAGGCGCGGCUGGCGGACGCAAGCGGCAAGCUGGCGGCGGCGCUGGGCGGCUCGGGCAGUGCUAGCAGCGGCAUCCCGGCACCGCCCAGCGGCGUGACGCUGCCGUCGGUGGCGGCGGGGCUGCGGGCGCUGGAGCGGCGCGUGGCGUGCCGGCUCGAGGCGGGCGUGGUGGCGCUGGAGGGGCUGACGGGGGCAUUGGGUGCGGCCAGCCGCAUUGAGCGCGAGUCCACAGCCAACCCGUUCAAGGCCAUCUCUGCCGCUGUGAACAACCCGGUGGUGGCGGCGCUGGAGAAGAAGGUGGAGGCGGUGCGGGCGGAGCUGGCGGCGGCGGCGGGGCUGCUGCUGGACGACCUGCGGCGCGACGCGCGGGAGCGGCCGCCCAGCCUGGACCUCAGCGCGCACGGCGGGGCGGGGGGCGGCCUGACGUUCCGGCCGUGAGGCUGCAGGGCCGUUUGGAAGGCGGCCAGUGGGUGCGAAACCGUCGUUACCGGGAAACUGUGACCGUUGAGGGAUCGCUAUGAGCGGGUUUUGUUUGCUAGCAGUAGUGCUGCAGAAGCAAUCAGUGGUGGCUGCAGUAAGUGGGCCGGUCUUGUGCGAGCUGGGCAGGCCGCGCCCCUCGUGACCUUUCGACUGCAGGUAAUCGUACGGGAUACCCCCUUGUGAUGGGAAGGUGUGAGCAACAGGAGAUUGUGUGGGUCACUCGUCGUGUCGGACUGCAUGCGUAGGCCGUAGGGGUAUGUGUGGUGCGUGUCGGUAUACGGUAUGGGUAAUUGUCGAACGGACCAAACUACGUGAGCAAACCUUUCGGAAUGUGUAAACUGCAAAAGCUGCAAAAGCUGCAGCCACAACCUUGUGAUAGCCUCACACAUUCACACUUGACGGUGCAGGAGCAGGCACCUGCUUUUCUCAGCGUAUUGAGCUGGCCUAAAAUUGUAACAUUGGCGCGGA